CCGGCGGAUCUCAGCGGCGCUGGUCUCGGCUGUGCGCUGUGCUCUGCACGCCGGCUCCGCGCUCGAGGGGCUGCUGAGCUCCCCGCGGACUCAGGCAGCGGCCGGUCGACGCGGACUCGAGCUCCCUCCAGAACACAAAUGAUUGCCUUCUACUUUGAUAUUUAUUGCUAUACGUUGCUUUCACUUGCUAAUUUCUGAGGCAAACAAGUGAAAGGAUGAGUGAACUGGAGCAGUUGAGGCAGGAAGCUGAACAGCUUCGGAAUCAGAUCCAGGAUGCUAGGAAAGCAUGUAAUGAUGCAACGCUUAUUCAGAUCACAUCAAAUAUGGAUUCUGUGGGCCGAAUACAAAUGCGAACGAGACGUACGUUGAGGGGUCACCUAGCUAAGAUCUAUGCUAUGCACUGGGGAUAUGAUUCAAGGCUACUAGUCAGUGCUUCCCAAGAUGGAAAAUUAAUUAUUUGGGAUAGCUAUACAACAAAUAAGAUGCAUGCUAUUCCUUUGAGGUCUUCCUGGGUGAUGACCUGUGCCUACGCUCCCUCUGGUAAUUAUGUCGCGUGUGGAGGGCUGGACAACAUCUGCUCUAUAUAUAACUUAAAAACCAGAGAGGGGAACGUGAGAGUGAGCCGAGAGUUACCGGGUCACACAGGCUACUUGUCCUGCUGUCGGUUUUUAGAUGACAGCCAAAUUGUUACAAGCUCAGGAGACACAACUUGCGCUUUGUGGGACAUCGAAACUGCCCAGCAGACCACCACAUUCACUGGGCAUUCUGGAGAUGUGAUGAGUCUUUCUCUGAGUCCUGACAUGAGGACUUUUGUUUCUGGUGCUUGUGAUGCCUCUUCAAAAUUGUGGGAUAUUCGAGAUGGAAUGUGCAGACAGUCUUUCACUGGACAUGUGUCAGAUAUUAAUGCUGUCAGUUUUUUCCCAAGUGGCUAUGCCUUUGCCACGGGCUCUGAUGACGCCACCUGCCGGCUCUUCGACCUCCGCGCAGACCAGGAGUUACUGCUGUACUCGCACGACAACAUCAUCUGUGGGAUCACUUCCGUGGCUUUCUCAAAAAGCGGGCGCCUCCUGUUAGCUGGUUAUGAUGACUUCAACUGUAAUGUGUGGGACACGCUAAAAGGAGAUCGUGCAGGUGUUCUUGCUGGUCAUGAUAACCGUGUCAGCUGUUUAGGUGUAACAGAUGAUGGCAUGGCUGUAGCAACAGGCUCCUGGGACAGUUUUCUCAGAAUCUGGAAUUAAUAGUGCGUACAGGUUUUCUGUUCUCCAUUGCGAUCUGGAGAAAUCAGUGCUACAGCCUAUCGCUGUGAGAAGAAAAUUCUACCUUAUAUUUGCAAGUGAAGAUUUUUCUAUUGAGAUUAUUAUAUACAAAAAGAUUUCAGUAAACUACAAAACAAGUGGGGGAAAAAAAAAGGCAAGGGUGCUUGCUGAGAUCAAAAGGACCAGUGCAUUAACUUGAGUUGAGCUAAUUUAACCUUGAUGAAUUUUUGCUUGUACUCAAAUUAUUUUGUGUAGGACAGAAUGUACACAUUAUAGCCGUUCAUCAUGUUUGAUUGUGUUUGCAUUUUUUAAGACCUACAUUUUUAACUUUAUACAUAAUACCACAUUUUUGAGUUUUGUAAUGGAGGAAGUAGGCACAGUAAUAGAUGGAAGUGAUCCCAUAUGUAUGUGUACUUAUGUUUGAAGAAGGUCUCCUUGAUUUCUGACCUUCCUUUUUAAUCUCAAAGAGCUCCUGGUUGCUUAAUUUAAGAAUGCUCACUAGGUACCUCUGAGGGCAGUCCCUGUUGAAUAUCAGUGGUUUCUGGUGCAUCCUUUGCCAUCCUAUGAAUUUAAGUAAGUGCUCAUUUUCAGUCCUUGGAGGGGGAGAUAAUCUGAAGGCCAGGGAAUCGAGAUUUCAUUCUGCAAUUUUAGACAUACGUAAACUCAUAUUAAUAGCAGUAAUUACAUAAAAACGGUUCUUGACAUUUAAAAAAUCUGGUUCUGAUCAAAUGACACUUUGAGUAGCCCUCUAAAUAGUUGGGCUUUCCUAGUGAUUUCAUAUUCUAGAACUUAGUUUGUAGGGCACACUCAUUAUUUCAGAUUAACGUUUGGAUUGUCCUUGCAUCUGAAGAAUUUUCCCGUGUUCUCCGUUGAUAUACAUGUAGAUGGGAAAUAUGUGAUGGCAUUAUGUUGUUGAAAAAAAAAGUGUUAGUAUCUAACCAGUCACUAGACUUGAUUAGUUAUAAUUGUGUAGCAAGGUAGCUUUAUGAAUUUAUGUUCAAAUAGUUUAUAUUAAUUCAGAUUUUAUAUUAUCUGUGACUUAAAUUUAAAAAAGGAAAUAUUCAGACUUUUUGCUCUUCUGUAAUUCUUCUCUUGGCACAAAAUAAUGGUUUCUAAGUGAUUUCGCCAAAAAGAAUGCUUAGAUCCAAGUGACUCCACUUUACAGCCAAAAGAAAAAUUCCAAGAGCAGUCUUUAAAGGAGUCAGAGGAAAGUACUAAGCAAUUCCUGUUUGUCAAUGACAUAAUGUGUCUAUUACUAGAAUGCCCCCCCCAAUUUAAACAAAGAUACUUUUCCCCUAUAACUAAAGCUAAAUAAUUGACAGUAGAUUUAGUCUUGCUUGAUGGUGAAGUCAUGGACUAUUCUCAUAUAUAGAAGUGCAUUAUUUUUGUAAUUUAGUGAACCAUGUCCAUUACUAUUGAGAUAGGUCUCAACUUAAUGAUCACAUGUAAUUCUAAUCUAAAUACUCCCCAAAUUUUACUUGUGAAUUUUCAUUUUUAUAUUGUGAAUGUGCUAAGUAAGUGCAUCAACUAUACUGAAGUCUGUAUCAGUUUUAAGAUAGCUGAUAAUAAAAAGAAAAUGGGUAAAGAUUAAGAUAUAGGACCAAAAAUAAACUAUUGUAGAUGGCAGGCAUGAAUGUGUAUUUAUAAACACACACAAGAUUUCUAUGAACUUUUUUUGCAGUUAAUGUUUGUGGACUGUCAUUUCAUAAAGAAUAGCUCUUUGAGGUAAGACAAGAAUAUUUUAAAGGAACAUAAUCAUUUCCCAAGAAGGUGUGGGUUUGCCAUGUAGUUCAGCAAUUCAUUCCAAAACCCUGUUCAAGAAAGCACUUCUGCCAUGUGCAAAAUAGCCACAUAAUGUAUAUAUGAGAGUUUCUCUUCCUCUUUGAAAGUUAUUCUAAUAACAAGAUAAUUUUUUCAGAGAGGCACAGACUACAAGAAAUCCGUGGUCUUAAGCAUGUUGAUAGAAUGAGUUAGUCUUUGUAGAUAAGCUUAAAAGCAGUUCCCAUAGUUAAAUGUGUACUAGGCAACUAAGACCCAACCACUGUUGUGGCUAUAUACAUAUGACCAAAUGGUGACCUCAUUACCACAUUUACUUACUAUCUAAACCUUUGCUCUCUAGUAAUAUAGGUUCCAAUUGCUAAAUAUAUUUAUUUACUUGCAGUUUGAGUUCAGCUGAUAGUCUUAAGUGUUGUGCCUAAGACUUGUAACCAUGAAGAGUAAUAUAGUACUACUAUACAGUUUUAAAGAAUUCGCAUCAGGAUUGUUGCAUUUAUCUGGUGCGUGUUUUCUUUUACCUUAUAAGAAACAUUAAACAUAAUAUGCCUCAGCAUGUUUAUAGAUUCAUUAAUCAUUUCCUAAAGAGUGGCUUUUUCAGAUCUGGCAAGAAUAGUUUAAGAGAACGUAUUCUUUUCCAAAACGAGUGAUAGUGAUUGCCCUGUGAAUCAGCAGACGUCCCAAAAGCUGAUAGCAAAGACCUCUCCACCUUGAUGGGCAGGCAGGCCUCAUUUUUGGCAGCUGUAUUAGAGGUUUAAACUGAAUAUCCAAGGUCCCUCCCUCGCUCAGAUUUUUCUAGUUGGGAUCCCAUGGUCCCAUGCACCACACUGAGUUCAUCUUCACAGAGGCAAAAAUUUGGGUUUAGUAUUUCAAUUUAAGAGUCUAAUAGGCCAUUCUCCUUAUUUUAAUGUAGACUCAGCUGAACUCUGAUACUGCAUGAUGAUAGUAAACUGGUAUCCUAGACAUAUGGAUGUAGGUGCUUCUGGAACGUGUUAAGCAAUUUUAAAGAGAAAUGGAUCUUGCCUUCUCCAGGUGACAAUGAAAUUUUUAUUGCUAAAAUAUACUGUGCCAACACUAUAACUGACCUUUUCCAACAGUAUUGAGGUUUUAGACUUAAUAAUUCUAACCUUUUUAAAAGUGAAAACAUUCAGGGAAAUUUAUGCUUUGGUUACUGUUGAAUGUUUCACAUUUUAAAUUACAAGGCAAGUGAAUACUUGUGGCUUACCUGUUGAUGUUUAAACUUAAAGAAACUGAUUAAACAAUCUUCUAAAUGGGCCUUCUUCUAAAUGGGUCUAUCAUUUUCACAAUAUUCUCUCUAGAAUCUUUAGGGUAUAAGUCAUGCUUAAAAAUUUUUGCUUUUAAAUCAAGUACUAAGUUCAGCUUCAAAUUUCCCUUUUGCCAUUGUGGAAAGCAAAAUUUUACACUUUUAGAAUUUUUUAAAACACCCUCAAGGUUAGACCACCUUUCUUGUGAGAAAGAGUAGCACAAUGAAAAAAAAAAGGUUUUAAAUUAGAUUAAGUUUAGGUGUAUUAUGUUUUGUAUUUACUCAUUUUUCCUCCUGCUCAUUUUGAGUUGCCUUAAAUUCUGUGGUAUAUCUAAAAACUGGUUACAAUAGGUACUCAUUAAAAUGGUUUGUAGUUGAAUGUCUAAGCUAGGAGUGCAUCUUUUAAAAGUUUAUUAGUCACAGAUUGAUGGUACACCUUGUAUUUAGCAGAUUUGUUUGCAUGUUGAUAAAAUUUCCUAAGUCUUUUUUCUUAAAUCCAAUUACUGAUCCUAUAAAAUAGUUAUAAUGCAGCAUCAUGAAAAACCUGGUUAUGUGUUUCAGCUGGUGUUAAGUGUUCCCGACAAAAUCUUACAUCAUAUAGUAUUUAUUUUUUAAUUGAACUUCAGUGAUACUUGGUAGAUAUUUCAAGCCUUUUGUCUUUUACACAAUGGUGCUCUAUUGUUUUCAAAGCAUCUGAACACUUGGAUUCGCAUAUUCUUAUCCAAAGCCAUCCACACAGAAGUGGGUUUUUAAAGCUGAUUAAAAUGUUUUUCUUCACCUACAGUGGUUUCUACAAACUUGUAGCCAAUUGACUUUGAUGUCAGUAGUAGGACUAUGGGCAAGGUGAACGUAGAUUAAAGCUCAUAAAAGCUUUAAGCCAAACUAUGGACUUGUACCAUGAUUUAAUAGUAUUGGAUCUUUCUUGCACAGUGAUUCAUUCCUUUAUUUGUACAGUAGCUCUGUGAAAUGUUGCUGUGAAUUGAUAUUGUAAUCAAUAAAGUGCUUUUAACCAGA